GGUGUCUCAUGGUGCACGCACACACGCAAAGCGCAAGGUCUGAUAAAAACACGUGCGUGUCCCGGCCCGCAGACAUCCACGUGGAGAACUCAAUACCAGCCCCCAUCUGGUCAUUCAUUCAUUCAUUCAGUCAUCCUCAUCAGAGUACCCUCCCAGCAGCUCGCUCAGCCCCUUGCCACCCUUUCCCCCACUGCUGCACACAUCACCUCCGCCGCCCUGGCUCACCACGGCAUCUGCCGCCUUCUGCCGCUUGACACCCUCAUCGCCCUCAGCCGCACCACCGCUGUUGCUAUCGGCUGCUUUCCGCUUGACCACCGAUAUCCGUGAGAAGAUUGACGGCCCGUUGUCAGCUGCGAAUGACGCCCCUGCGGCCCCGUUGUUAUCGUUGCUGUCAUUGAGCUUGGCGGGCCCGGCAGCAGCAGCCGACGAGGAGCUUGGGGCGGGCUGAGGGCGGGGCGCUGCCGCUGCCUCGUGGUCGUCGUCAUCUUCCUCCUCUUUGGCGAGCCUCUUGACGCCGAGCAAAGGCCUGACGGCCUCCAGCUCGGCCUCCUCAUCAGCGGUCCAGUCGGCCUCUACUGUGGCGGUGGAGCGCUCCUCGAGGAAUUGUAGUGCCUCCGAGAUGGUGUCAUCUCGACUCAUGAGCCGCUUGUUCAUCUUCCGGACCUCGUCAAGGUCCUCGAAGGUCUGGAUCUCCUGCUGCGUGUUGAACUGCUUGUGCUCGAGGGCCUUCAUGCUGUCGCCCUCGAGCUCAGCCAUGUGCUUCUCCUUCAUCUGGCUCUCAAGGAUGUCGGCGUCGAGGUAGGCCUGGUAGUUGCGCUUGCCGCCUGUCUCGAGAAUGUAGUCUGCGUGCUGCGGGUCGGUCUUGAAGGCCACCUCAGCCCGGCAGUUGGGACAGCGGCCGUAGAAGCGCCAGACGGCGAUGCCCAGGUAGUCCUCGCCCUGCACCUUCUCGACUCGGCUGUUGAACUUGGUGCCGAUGUAGACGUAGUCGCCGCAUGUGUUGCAGCAGAACGUGAAGGGGAACAUCAUGCGCACGUUGAACAGCCGCGGACCCUUGCGCUUCUCCCGGACCUUGGACGGGUCACGCAGAGUGCGCAGCUUCACCGGGUCGAAGUCGGGCGGGUAGUACUGACAGACAGACAGACCAUACACAAACACAACAACACAACACAACACAACACAAGACAAGACACAUGAGUGAGACAACACAGGCAAGAUGGUUGUUUUCGUGGACGUAUUUGACUCACCUUGUUGAGCACUUUGCGUUCUCCCAUGGUGGCGAAGCAGCACUAGCUAUACCACGCACAAGGCAAAGCGCGACAGACAGACGGCAAACACACCGGCGAGCAGAGGGGAAGAUGAGAUGCGAUGGUCAGCCACACAAAACAGAACGAACAAGGCAACGAGCGGUAAGCGGAAGAUGCGGCGCUCUCCUC